UUUAAUAAUUACUUAAGAAAAUUUUAGACUCAUAUUAUUAAAUAUUUAGUAAAGUAAUAAAAAUGGCAUUCUUUGAUUUUGGAGGAGGAGGCGGUGGCUUCCCAUUCGGAGGUGGAUUCCCAGGUGGCGAAAGAGAACCUGGACCAAAGAAAGAUGUAGACACGCAAAAAUACUACGAUGUCCUUGGAGUCUCCAAGGAAGCUACCCAAGACGAGAUUAGAAAGGCUUACAGAAAGAAAGCUCUAAAGGAACACCCUGAUAAAGGUGGAGACCCUGAUAAGUUCAAAGAUAUUUCAGUGGCUUAUGAAUGCUUGAGCGAUCCCAAGAAGAGAGACCUUUAUGACAAGUACGGUGCUGAAGGAGUUGAAGAGGGAGGUCCUGGUGGCCCAGGUGGCUUUGGAGACAUCUUCGAUCUCUUUGGAGGUGGUGGCAGAAGAGGCCAUUCUGAAAAGAGAAGAGUCCAACCAACUGUCCAUAAAAUGAAAUGUACUCUUGAAGAUAUUUACAAUGGAAAGAAGACAAAGAUUAAGGUAACAAGAGACAAGAUUGUUAAGAAAGAAGGAGAAGAGGCUACUCCAUCUGCUUGUGAGGGAUGUCACGGCCAAGGAAUGAAGACUACUAUGACUCAGAUCAGACCAGGUAUGUAUACUCAAAGAACUGGUCCAUGUGAAGACUGUGGAGGUCAAGGAGUUAAAGCUGGCAGCACUAAAAAGGACACUAAAAUUAUAGAAGUGACUAUUGAUAAAGGAUCCCCACAUGGAGAUAAAUAUGUCUUCCAUGGUGAAGGAGAUGAAUUCCCAGGAGCUGAGACUGGAGAUGUAGUCGUUGUCGUUGACUUGCAAGAACAUAAAACAUUCAAGAGAAGAGGAGCUGACUUGCUAUUUGAAAAGAAAAUUACUUUGGCUGAAGCCCUGACUGGAGUUGAUUUUACUUUCAAGCAUCUUGAUGGAAAGAAAGUUAGAGUGACAAGUCCAAAGGGAGCUGUGAUUAAACCAAAAUCUCUCAUGACCUUGAAGGAGAUGGGACUUCCUUUCCAUAAGAACAGUUAUGAAUUCGGACACAUGUUCAUCUUGUUCUCAGUUGAAUUCCCAGAAACAUUAAAGGAUGAUCAGGUUACCCAAUUGACUAAAAUUCUGAAGGCACCAAAGAAAUCCAAUGACGCCUUUGACACUGAAGCUCAACUUGAAAAAUAUAAUGAAGAUCAUAGGAACACUCAUGUUGAGGGAGGAACUCAGGGAGCAGACUCCGAGGAGGAAGAUGGACAUCCAGGAAUGGGAGGAGGCCACAGAAUGGAAUGUGCUAACCAAUAAUCAUCAUG